GCAGGUGUGAAAUGUCAGCGACACGGCCGCCGUCUCUCGCCGCGGCACGUGGGUGAAUGAGCGCACGCGCGGCUCCGAUUGGUCAGGCGCGCGCGCUCCCAGCGGGAGAGCAGCUCGCUACUUGUCGCCGCUGUUCGCGCCGCUCACAAGCCCACGAGCAGCUCCGGGCUCCGCGCGCCCCUCUCCCGUCCGCCUUGGAAUUAACCCAGUGUUCCUCAACGCCGCGCCAUGGACGCUACCAUGUAUCAGAUCAUUUUCGGAGAGCUCGGGGACCUUAACUGUAGUUUGGUGGACGCUUUCCAAGACACUUUUUUGGAAAACGCUUCGCUGUCAUUGCUGAGCACUGACGGUGCGUAUUGUAAUGCCACGACCGACGAGAUUGGAACGUGCUGGCCGCGCAGCAUCACCGGGAGGAUUGUGGAGCGGCCGUGCCCGGAGUACAUCAAUGGAGUCAAGUACAACACCACAAGGAGCGCCUACAGGGAAUGCAUGGACAACGGCACGUGGGCGCUGAGGAGCAAUUACUCCAAUUGCGAGCCCAUUCUGGAGGAGAAGAGAAAAUACCCAAUGCAUUAUAAAAUAGCGCUGAUCAUCAACUACCUGGGCCACUGUAUCUCUGUGGGAGCUCUGGUGGUGGCCUUCAUUCUCUUCUUGUGCUUAAGGAGCAUUCGAUGUCUGCGAAACAUCAUCCACUGGAAUCUGAUCACCACCUUCAUCCUGAGGAACGUUAUGUGGUUUUUACUCCAGCUGAUUGACCACAAUAUCCACGAGAGCAACGAGCCCUGGUGUCGACUGAUCACCACCAUAUACAACUACUUUGUGGUGACCAACUUCUUCUGGAUGUUUGUGGAGGGCUGCUACCUCCACACCGCCAUCGUGAUGACUUAUUCAACGGACAAGCUGAGGAAGUGGGUCUUCCUCUUCAUCGGAUGGUGUAUUCCAGUCCCUAUUAUAGUAGCCUGGGCCAUUGGGAAGCUGUAUUAUGAAAAUGAGCAAUGUUGGUUUGGAAAAGAGCCUGGGAAAUACAUGGACUACAUUUACCAGGGCCCAGUCAUCCUGGUGCUCCUGAUAAACUUUGUUUUCCUCUUCAAUAUAGUGAGAAUCCUCAUGACCAAACUAAGAGCAUCAACCACAUCUGAAACAAUACAAUACAGAAAGGCGGUGAAAGCGACGCUGGUGCUGCUGCCCCUGCUGGGCAUCACCUACAUGCUCUUCUUUGUUAAUCCGGGGGAGGACGACAUCUCGCAAAUCGUGUUCAUCUAUUUCAACUCUUUCCUACAGUCUUUUCAGGGCUUCUUUGUGUCAGUGUUUUACUGCUUCCUCAAUGGGGAGGUCCGUUCCGCCGUCAGGAAGCGCUGGCAUCGCUGGCAGGACAACCACGCGCUCCGGGUGCGAGUGGCCCGGGCCAUGUCCAUCCCCACGUCUCCCACCAGGAUCAGCUUCCACAGCAUCAAGCAGACCACGGCCGUGUGACCCGCGGGCGCGGCCCACUGUCAUUUCCAGCACAGCGACCUGGGGAACAGACUUUUAUUAGUUUUUAUCCAGCAGUGAACCCGUCCACAGAACGGACCCAUUCCCCUGGAAGCCACGUUCAAAGUACACAAAGGAUGGAGAGAGUCACAGUAAGUCAUGGCUGAGUUUUCCUUGAGUCGUUGUCAUCAUCAAACUGAAUGCUGAGAAGUUGUUCGGACCAGAAGUACCCGCUCAGUGAGACGAGCGUUUUAUACAAAGAAGCCGUUUAAAUAAUGUCCUUGUUGCUCCUUUCUAUACAAUGUUGAGGUUUUGUCUCGUACUGUGCUACUGUAAAUGUCGUUGAACUUCUUUAUCUUCUUCAUCUGUCUGUUCACCGCUCUUUUUUAUUCUCCUUUUUCUUUUUUUUUCUUUUUUUUAAAAGCACUUUCAAUGAAAGCUUGCUUUUAAACAGGAUUAUUUGUUGGUGUUAUCUUAGUGGAAAGCCGUUUACAGUAUGUGAUGUACUGUAUAUAUUAAGUGCCAUGCAUGGGUUUAUUAUGCAAGCCCAGUGGAAGCAGAUUAAAUUGAUUUGGCUUGGUGAAAUCUUUCCCAUAAUGAGCGUUUCAAGAGAGAAGGAGCUUGAUGAAGAGAGCCCUGUUGGCUUCUCUAAACACACGCUCCGGCUGCUCGAUGACCAUUACUGGGAGAAAACCGUGCAUCCACAAUGGCGGAUUACAAAGAGCUUGUUGUGUCUGACACGUGGAUCAAGAGAGCAGGGGGAAAUAUUUGCUUUGAAAGGGACAAUGGAAUAAGUCUGAGCUUAAGCUUUGCUGCAGAUCUUGCUGUGUGUGUGUGUCCCUGCGUUCAUGGCAGCAGUGCUCGUAGCAUCUAAUGGUGCACAUCUCGCUGCUUCUUUUGUGACUGGGCGAAAGCAGACGGCAGUAAGUACAACGGAUGCCUGCUCCUGGCAAACAUCUAUUCUAGGACAUAUGCACAUAUAUAUUUUCUUACUGAUAAAAGUUGAGUCACCAGAUAACUGGAGACUGGA